GUUUCCACCCCGGUGCGUGAACAAGCGACGCGGCGUAACGCACGCGCGUCGGUGUGUUUCCAGUCCGCGUGUUUAUCUGUGUGUAUACGCGUGUGUGUGUUUGUGUGUGCGGUGUGUCACUAGCAGCAGCAGCAGCGGCGGCGGACGGUCACAGCAACUCUGUCAGGGAGCUGGAGCAUCCGGGCCAGGCUGCACAGAGAUGCGGCGCAUGUAGAGCUCGGCGUGCGGACUGGACACACACCGCUGCACCUCACCGCUGCUACCAUGGUUUACACACCGCUGAAAACCUUCACUGGACGCGUUUGUUUUCAAAUGGCGGCGCUUAAAACGCGGAGGUGAGCGGCUCCUUUGCUGGAGAGGAGUGCGCACUUGUUUUUUUUUUUUUUUACCUUCUCUGAUAUUCCCUGUUUUGCCUCAGGCAGAGCAGCCAACGCUAAUUAAUCCGUUUUUUUUGGAGUCCUUUUUUAAAACUGCAUGACGAACCAUGACGUCUGGACAGGACGAAAGCUCAGUCCGUGUGGCACUGAGGAUUCGUCCUCAGUUGGCCAGAGAGAAGAUCGAGGGAUGUCACAUUUGUACCUACGUGAUGCCCGGGGAGCCUCAGGUGAUCCUGGGGAAAGACAAGGCCUUCACCUACGACUACAUGUUCGACAUGGACUCCCAGCAGGACGCCAUCUACAGCACGAGCACUGAGAAGCUGAUCGAAGGCUGCUUCGAAGGCUACAACGCCACCGUGUUUGCCUACGGACAGACAGGUUCAGGGAAGACGUACACCAUGGGGACGGGCUUCGACGUCAACAUUGUGGACGAGGAGCUGGGCAUCAUUCCACGUGCUGUCCACCACCUCUUCAAAGGCAUCGAGGAGCGUCGUCAGGCCGCCCAGGAGCAGGGACGGCCCGUGCCCGAGUUCAAGAUCAACGCUCAGUUCCUGGAGCUCUAUAAUGAGGAGGUUCUGGACCUGUUUGACUCCACACGAGACAUGAAGCAAAAAUCUCACAUCAGAAUCCACGAGGACGCCACAGGAGGGAUCUACACGGUGGGCGUGACCACACGGACCGUGUCCUCCGAGGCCGAGAUGUUGCAGUGCCUGAAGCUGGGCGCUCUGUCUCGCACCACAGCCAGCACUCAGAUGAACGUGCAGAGCUCCAGAUCACACGCCAUCUUCACCAUCCACCUGUGCCAAGUCCGCGUUUGUGCCUCUGACAAUCAAGAAAACGAGACCGAUAACAGAGUUUCCAAUGGAAACGAGAUGGACGAGUAUGAGACGCUGACGGCCAAGUUCCACUUCGUGGACCUGGCUGGUUCAGAGAGACUGAAGAGAACCGGAGCCACGGGGGACCGAGCCAAAGAGGGCAUCUCCAUCAACUGUGGACUGCUUGCUCUGGGGAAUGUAAUCAGUGCUUUGGGAGACCGGAGUAAGCGGUCCUCACACGUGCCUUACAGAGACUCCAAACUAACGCGACUUCUGCAAGACUCAUUAGGAGGAAACAGCCAAACAGUGAUGAUCGCCUGCAUCAGUCCGUCUGACCGUGACUUCAUGGAGACUCUGAACACUUUGAAAUACGCCAACCGAGCUCGCAACAUCAAGAACAAGGUCAUGGUGAACCAGGACAAGGCCAGCCAGCAGAUCAGCGCUCUGAGAACAGAAAUAGCUCGACUACAGAUGGAGCUGAUGGAGUACAAGACGGGUAAACGUCUGGCAGGAGAGGACGGCAUGGAGAGCUUCAGUGACAUGUUCCAUGAGAAUUCCAUGCUGCAGACGGAGAACAGUAACCUGAGGGUGAGAGUGAAGGCCAUGCAGGAGACCAUCGACGCUCAGAGGGCGAGGCUGACUCAGCUGCUCAGUGACCAGGCCAACCAGGCCCUGGCCCGGGCGGGUGAAGGAGGAACAGAAGAAAUUGGAAACAUGAUUCAGGGUUAUAUCAAAGAGAUUGAAGACCUCAGAGCCAAACUCCUAGAGAGUGAGGCCGUCAACGAGAAUCUGAGGAAGAAUCUUUCCCGUGCCUCGAACCGUCAGUCCCUCUACGGAGGUCCCGGCUCCUUCUCCACCUCGCUGUUGGCCCCUGAGAAGGAGACCUCUGACAUCAUCGAACUGGCCAAGAAAGACCUGGAGAAGCUGAAGAAACGGGAGAAGAAGAAAAAGAAGAGUGCCAACAAGGAGGACGCUCCUGACAUCGAGCAGGAGAAGGAAACAACCGAACAAGUCAGUGAGGACGCAGAAAUGGAUGUCCAGGAAGGCAGUGACCAUGAAGAGGGAGAGGAGGAGGAGGAAGAGGAAGAAGAUGAGAUGGACGUGGAGGAGAGCUCAGAAGAUUCAGACUCAGAGUCUGAUGAAAAAGAGAACUACCAGGCAGAUUUGGCCAACAUCACCUGUGAGAUUGCAAUCAAGCAGAAGCUGAUCGACGAGCUGGAAAACAGCCAGCGGCGUCUCCACACGCUCAAACAGCAGUAUGAACAGAAGCUGAUGAUGCUGCAGUGCAAAAUCAGGGACACCCAACUGGAGAGGGACCGUGUGCUCCACAACAUGAAUUCAGUGGAAAGUGGCACCGAAGACAAAGCUCGUAAAAUCAAGGCUGAAUACGAGAAGAAGCUGAGUGUCAUGAACAAGGAGCUCCAGAAGCUCCAGUCGGCCCAGAAGGAGCACGCUCGCCUGCUGAAGAACCAGUCGCAGUACGAGAAGCAGCUGAAGAAGCUUCAGAUGGAUGUGGCAGAAAUGAAGAAGACCAAGGUCCGUCUCAUGAAGCAGAUGAAGGAGCAGCAGGAGAAGAACAGGAUGAAUGAAUCUCGCAGGAACCGCGAAAUCGCUUCCUUGAAGAAAGACCAGCGCAAGCAAGAGCAUCAACUCAGGCUUCUGGAGGCUCAGAAGAGACAGCAGGAGCUCAUCCUGAGGAGGAAGACGGAGGAGGUGACCGCUCUGAGAAGGCAGGUUAGACCGACCUCAGGUAAGGUCAUCAGAAAGGUCAAUCUCUCAGAACAGACAGUCCAGGACUCCACCCACAGACCUCCGUCUGGACGCAUGUACCCAUCUGGCAGUGCGGCUCCCAAUGGUAACCGUUCCUACUACAGGCGAACAACAGGCGUUUACUCCACCAGAGUAGCUCGGACCAAAUGGCAGUCGCUGGAGCGGAGGAUCUGUGACAUCAUCAUGCAGAGGAUGACCAUCUCGAACAUGGAGGCCGACAUGAAUCGUCUUCUCAAGCAACGAGAGGAACUGACCAAGCGUAAAGAAAAAGUCCUCAGGAAGAAAGACAGACUGGUCAGAGAAAGUCCAGAGGCCGAGAAGACCGUAGUUCCACUCAGUGAAGAAGUGGACGCCCUGACGGCCAACAUCGACUACAUCAACGACAGCAUCGCAGACUGUCAGGCUAACAUCAUGCAGAUGGAGGAAACCAAGGAGGAGGGUGACACCGUGGAUGUCUCUGCUGUGAUUGGUUCAUGCACCCUGGUCGAGGCUCGUUUCCUCCUCGAUCACUUCAUGUCUAUGGCCAUCAACAAGGGUCUGCAGGCGGCUCAGAAGGAGUCGCAGGUGAAGGUGAUGGAGGGCAGGCUGAAACAGACGGAGAUCACCAGCGCCACCCAGAACCAGCUGCUCUUCCACAUGCUGAAGGAAAAGGCGGAGUUCAACCCAGAGCUGGACGCUCUGCUGGGAAACGCUCUCCAAGAGCUAGGUAACAUCCCAGCUGAAAACGGUGACGACAGCAGCAGUGAUGAGUCUGCACAGAGUCCGUCAGCAGAGGGAACUACUGUAGUACUCGUAGUACAAGUCUCUUCUCAAGCGUCACGUGUCUGUGCUGCCCAGGCUCGGAGGAGGACCACCACUCAGAUGGAGCUGCUCUACGCCAACUCGGACUCGAACCCUGACGCUCCGCCGGCAGACUUCUCUGGUCCGAUGCUGCCUUUAGCUGAAACCCCUGACGCCGUGGGGGACGUGGAGACGUCAGGCUCAUCAGUCAGGGACUUCACCGCUCUCUCUCCUGGCUUUUCCUCUAAAAUGGGCAGCAUUUCUGGCUCCAGAACUUCACCUGGGUUGGAAAAGCGAACUCCGGAGCCUUCCCCGCUCUCUCGCAGGAAGACCUAUGACAAGGCGCACGCAGCAGCUGACAGGGCAAAGGUCAAGGAGAUUAAACAGGUGAACGGAUGUCUCCACUCGUCCUGCAACCACGUCCACCACACUGUCUCACGUCCACUCUUCGACCCACCCAAGGGCGUCAUUAACCCGGUGCCUUCCACCAAGAGCAGUCGUGCGGCGUCGCUGCAGUGCGUCCACGUGGCCGAGGGACACAGUAAAGCUGUUCUGUGUGUGGACUGCACCGACGACCUUCUCUUCACGGGAUCCAAAGAUCGGACCUGUAAGGUGUGGAACCUGGUCACGGGUCAGGAGAUAAUGUCCCUGGCCGGUCACCCCAACAACGUGGUGUCGGUGCGCUACAGCUCCAGUUUAGUCUUCACCGUGUCGACGUCCUACAUCAAAGUCUGGGACAUCAGAGACUCUGCCAAAUGCAUCCGUAUUUUGACGUCAUCGGGUCAGGUCAACAUCGGGGACGUGUGCAGCUCCAACACCAGUCGAACUGUCACCAUCCCUGCAGGAGAAAACCAGAUCAAUGACAUCACACUGAAUCCCAACGGGACGAUCCUGUACGCUGCUGCAGGAAACUCAGUCAGAGUCUGGGAUCUGCGAAGAUUUGCAUCAACUGGGAAACUCACUGGUCACCUGGGCCCUGUGAUGUGUCUGACUGUUGAUCAGACUGGGAGCAACCAAGAGCUGGUGAUCACCGGCUCCAAGGAUCAUUACAUAAAGCUGUUUGAGGUUUCUGAAGGCUCUGUGGGCAGCAUCAGUCCCACACACAACUUUGAACCUCCACAUUACGACGGCAUCGAGUCCCUGGUGGUGCAGGGAGACACCUUCUUCAGCGGCUCACGGGACAAUGGAAUCAAAAAGUGGGAUCUGGACCGCAGGGACCUGUGUCAGCAAGUUCCAAACGCUCACCGUGACUGGGUGUGUGCGCUGGGCGUCGUCCCAGGUUCUCCGGCUCUUCUUAGUGGCUGCAGAGCUGGUGUGCUCAAACUGUGGCACACAGACACGCUGGGAGCCCUGGGUGAACUCAGGGGACACGAGAGCCCCAUCAACAGCAUCGCCACCAACAGCAGCCACCUGUUCACUGCCUCAGACGAUCGUACAGUGAAGAUCUGGCGUGCGCGCGGUGGAAUAGACAGCACCUUCGACCUGGUUGACAAUACGGACGAGGUGGCGAGCAACUGACCACAGCGCCCCCUUCUGGACGGACUCUUGCGGCAUCCGCUAAUUUGCACUUUGACUGCGUCGCCUCUGAAGCCUGACUUUAGCUCCUCAAACACACGCAUAUCUCCAACACUACGCCACCUACAGGACAGUGUAGAAUCUAGAAUGACUAACGCAACAGCUGCUGUAGUUGUGUCUGUGCUGGUAGUCCAUGUAGUAGUAGGAAACGUUUUCUUUAUUUUUCUGCUUCUGUGCCGUAGUGUCCUCACGGAGAGAGCAGUUUAUUUAGGAGUUCAACACAACUUCAUGAUGUAGUAACUGCUAUGGCAGAAAACAGCGCCCCCACAGGCCGGAGGAGGAGACCGCACCAGAGCUAACCGGUUGGUAGCUGGUCUUCGCAACCAGGAACUGUUUUACCUGUACUUGAAGAAAGACCAACUUCCUAUGACUGUUUUUUUUUCUUCUUCCUCACAUUUAUCAAGUGUCUUCAUGUGAGAA